UCCUGGAAUAAACUCUUACCGUGCAGUUAGCUCGGCAGCAGCUGUGCCACGGAGCACGCAAUGAAAAUCCAUGGAUCGUCUAAAAACAUUUGGGACUCUUAUCGUGUCAGUAAAGUCGAUCGGAGAACAUGAAUGAAAGCGUGCACAGGAGAACCCUCCCGGAUCAGUCAUCGGGGAGUGGCCACACCUUCGACACGUCGCACCACCAGAGCGUCACCAGCACUGUCCUGUCGAAGCGGGUCUGCUUCUACAAAAGCGGGGAUCCUCAGUUCAACGGCCUGCGAGUGGUCAUCAACAACCGCACCUUUAAAACGUUCGAUGCGCUGCUGGACAGUCUCUCCAAAAAGGUCCCCCUGCCGUUCGGGGUGCGGAACAUCACGACCCCUCGGGGGGUUCAUGGCAUCCAUACGCUAGACGAACUGGAGGAUGGGAAAUCCUACAUCUGCUCCGACAGCAGGAAAGUCAAGCCCAUCGAUCUCGCCUUGGCCCGGCGGAGGCUACCGCCUUGGUACCACGCCAGACCUGUUAGUUCUCGCCGCAGGACAGCCGGGUUUUUCCCAGGCCGGAAAAACAUCCGCAGAGAGGACCCAGUGGUGGUUCGCACACCCAAAAAGCUUGUGGUUUUCCGCAAUGGAGACCCCUCUGUUAGGUAUACUGUGUUGCUACACAAGAAGACGACAUCGAGUUAUGAGUCCAUCCUGGGACACAUCUCAGAGCUGAUGCAGUUCAAAGUGAACAAACUACACUCUCCGGAUGGCCGACGUAUUGAUGGUCUUCCUGGUUUGAUUUUGAGCUCUGGAAGCGUGGUGGCGGUAGGCAGGGAGCCUUUCAGGCCGGCGGUGUACAACGUAGAGAAAUCUGCAAGUCCAACAAGGCGACAUACCAAGCGAAGGGCUUUCAAAAGGCAAAAGACUUCAGUGUCCAAAAAAAUGACACCUUCGUUUCAUUCGAAUUCGAGGAAUUUCUCUGCGUCGUCCGAGAGGUACCUCGUCCGUCAGAUUCACAACAGCGUCGCCGAGAGCUCCUGCGACCUGCCCACAAACUCCACCGAGUUGGAUUCAGAUCGAGUACUGGAGUCCUUGACGGAGACGGAGGAGGACACCUGUCUCGGCAAAGGCCACGAUGAGGGGCAGGACGGCGCCCUGUCCAAUGACAACAACAUCGAGAAGUCCUUUCGGGUGAACCAGGACGGCAGCAUGACGGUGGAGAUGAAGGUACGGCUGACUAUUAAAGAAGAGGAAACUGUUCAGUGGACAACCACCCUGACGCGCUCGGCUACAGCUGAUCAGCUUAAUACGCCGUGUUUGCCGGACUCUGGCCCAGAGCAGGAGCUUUGCUCUAAAAAUUCACAAACGUCUGCUGCUUCCACUGACAUCGUCCCUAAGGACAGAACCCGGGACGACAAAGACGACGAUCCACCGUCUCUUGGAAACGGAGCUUUCAGUGACAGUUUUCAGGAAGAGGAUGAUCCCAAAGACCACACUGAGGGGUUGCUCCCAAGGAGAGCCCCGACUCCAGGAUGCAAGAAAAUGAACAAACUCCAAGCUUCUCUGGAUAGCAUCACAUCUGUAACUGUGGAUGAGUUUGGAGAAGGAAAUGUAGGCUCUUAUUGCUUCAGGGAAGAGACAAACAGGACAACCACAGAGAGGAUCCACAUGGAGAAUCAGACUAGCACAAGACCGGUUCCCAAACCAAGACGACUCGGCUCUGUGGACGUCAACAGUAGGGACAUGUCUGCAUUCACAUCCACUGAAAUAAUGCACGCUGAAUCCAGCGGAGAGGAAGUCACUGAAACAGUCUUGCACAUAUACGAGCAACAGACAUGUCAUGAUAAUUUUCUUGCAAACGUUGGCAUUCACGGUAUGCCUGCAUCUGGAGCUACGUCAGAAACAAGGCAGCUUAGUUCCAGCAAUGAUUUGGAGCUCGAUCUGUGGAAGCUUUCGCCGGCCUCGGAGCCAGUUAGCAAGUGGAGAGCUGAUCGUAUGUCUGUGACGUCAGAUCUGCGCUUGACAGGCACAACCCAAGGGGCCAAAAGGGAACUACUCCAACAAACUACAAAGAGUCAUGUCAAGCUAGGAGAGAAAGAGGAUCCCAGGGUUUCCUCGAAGCUUAAACCGCACAGCAAACACGUCAGACUAGCUACGACACCAGGUAAGAGACGAAGGAAGACUUUGGGAAAGGCAGCAGAGAAACGGAAAAGAGCGAAACCUUUCUCCAGUGCUGUGUUCAUUAAGAGAAUCUACGGGAACAAAAGGAAGCCACCGAAAAAGGUCAAAAAGAGAGCAACACCAACUUGGAACAGCUCACCAAUGCCAAACGCUAAAAAUGUAAAUGUUCACUCAUCUUUGAAAGGCAAAACGAGCAAGCAAAGUUUCUAUAGGACAAACACUGAAACAAGUCAAUCCCAGAGAGAAAUGAUAUGGCAGAGUAAAAACGAGUCCUUGCAUGUUAGCAGAGCCAGGCCUUCGCAACAAUUUAACUCCUCCAGCUCUGUUGCUAAAGAGUAUGUCGAGAACUGGCUCGAGAAGGCCCAUUCAGAUCCAUCAUCGAACAAAGUAGGAACAUCAGAAACCGGCAAACCAUUAGAACUCCCAUCGGCGGCAAACAUUAUCGUCCCUUCAGUUAAGCUGAGAGUGCAGUCUUUUGAAAACAAAUCGACUCCAGCAGUGGAGAAAACCGGCGUCAGGCUGCAAAAUGCUGACCGACACACAAACGCUGUAAACGUAGAAAAUUACAACAGCUCAAGUCAGAGAGAUUCACGAGCUAAACCGCUGCUAAAUGGGAUCUGCUCUGAAAUGCUUCCACCCAGAACAGAAACAACUGAAGGCAGUGAAGAAGGUAAUAGGACCAGAACUACUAGUACAGUUUCUAUGGAGCUACCGCCACCACCGCCUGAACUACUCAACGCUGAAGACUUUGGAAAUAAUAAUGAAGCGUCUGUAUCCAUCAGCCCUAUAAGCAGUCAAAGAUCAGAUAUUUAUCAAUUAAGUAUGAGUCCUGCAUCUGACAAGUCCAUAUCUCCAGAUGAUAACGCAAUAGAAAAAACAUCUGAUGUGAGCAAGAAUGCCCUCGCUCAACAGAGGGUAGAACUAUCCAGAGCCCCAUCCAUUAAAAGAGCUCCUUUGGUCAGUAAUCGCUCUCUGGAAAGAAAAAUGUCUCUCAGAAAGGCCACUAUGGAUAAAUAUGCUUCAGAUAAUGAUGACUCUGAAGAAUUAUCAGCUCCUAUCCACACUGUUGGGGAUGAAAUCUGCCCGACAGAGACAACACAAACGCUUAAAGCCGCAUUAGAAGAAACCCAGAAACCAACCUUAGAGCUGGGAACUCCAUCAUUUUGUACUUCUGUGUCUCCACUUAGUUUAGCCUCUGAUGGAAGAAUGUCUUCUUCCAGCGUUGCAUCAAGUGAAACUUCAGUUUUGGGGAAAAUCCCAAUUCAAGAGAGAAAAACACCCAAGACGGAAUCACCAAAGAGUUUGAUGAAAAGCACAAAAAUAAAAAGUAGUCCACCUCCAGGGAGGAAGUUCCACAACAAGAACACCUCUGACCUUCAAAACACCUCUCCAAAACUAUCACCGAUGACUGCUCGCCUUCUGGACAAACAUGUUCUUCCAACCAAACGACCUGAAACACCCAACGCUAGUCCGUCAACAGAGAGAAAGUACCUUGAAACAAAAGAGCUUCAGAGAACCUCCCCAUACUCUCAGUCUCUAGAUGUGGCUUCGCCACCCGUUAGACACAAAUCCAGCAAAAAAACUCUUCCAAGAAACCUCGCUUCGGACAGUCCGUCAGAGUCAAACAAUAGGAAAUCAAAGAAAACAGCAUCCCAAACAGCGCAAAUGCAAGCUGACAACUGUGAUGACGCAAAGGAGGCGGCAGGACAUCAGGUUAUAUCUGUGAUGCCAGAGCCAAUAAACGCAGUAAACCAGCCGAACAUGAAGCCAUUCCUUGAGAAGAUCUGCUACUCAAUCAAAUCAAUAAGACAAAUCACUCAGAAUAAACGCCCGUCCUGUUUGGAGAAGUCCAACAGCUUGCCCGACUUUUCCUCUCAUGUGGCCUCAACGUUUGGGUCCUCGUCUAAGGUUCUUCUCGCUUUUCUGGCUGUUAUGACCCUGAAGGAAGGCUUGGCGAACCUCAACAUGAAAGAGCUGAAUGCAAACAGCGUCAGCUGCGCAGAGGCGUUAAAAAUGAUCGAUUCUCUAAGAGAAAUCGCCAACAUCGAGGACUCCCAAAGACUGAGAAUCAGUUUGUCAGAUUUGCAACAGUCGGCUUCGACGCAGCUUCUGCAAAGCUGGAGGGGUUUCCAGGAACUCGGUGACAGAUGCAAAAGUCGGACUGCAACACCCAACGCGUCUCAAACUGGACUGGAGACUGAGGCUGGACUUGAAUUAGACUGUAGCAUCGGAGGAGAUGUUAUUGAUGAGAUUAUAGAUAACCUGGGCAUUCCCCAGAAGCUAAAGGAAGAGUUGGCUUCCCUUUCAGAAGGCGCAGAACGUGAGGGCUUCAAUGGAGGAAAGACUCAUUCUAGCACACUGAAGCUAUUGGCAGACAAAAAUAUUCACGAAAACACAAAAAACAUCACCACUGGAGACAAUGAUGCUGGAGAUUACGAACAAAAUGUGGAUGUGAAGUCUAUUGUUAAAAAAUUGACUGAUAUUAACCAGCCGAAACAAUCGGAAAGGGACAGAAUUCCUCUGUUUUCCGAAGCAGGAAAGUACAAACCAACUGGGCAAGCAAAUGAAGACUAUCAAUGCCAAGAUUGGUCAAAUUCUGUUGCCGAUUCCAAAAAUAGUCCACCAGAAAGGGAGAUUUACCGUACAACGUCUAUAAACCCACAGUCAUGUAGGGAUGCAACGGGUGAAGAUAAUCUGGAAACUAAAAAACAGCAUCAGCAGGCGUCCUUGAGCGAGAAAUCAACACUAGAAAGGGCAAAAGUCAGUGGAGAUGUGUGCAGAAAGACAAAAUCUGUAAACCCAGAGCUGUACAUGGAUUGUAGGCAACCAAAACAAAAUGAGGAAAACAUCCUUGAGAACAAAAUAAUCCAGGGCACUAGAUCAGAUCUAGCUGAGGAACCUCAGAGAAUCUCAAGUGUCAAUAAUGAGAGGGCAGAACAUGAGAUCAGUGCAAGCUCUAAGCUCAGUAGUCUGUCUGUGGAGAAGCAGCCAGACUCAAACUACUAUGCAGAGGUAAAUGUAAAAGGGAAUAAUGCAAUGCACAACUCAGUUAGUGAAAAUCUGCCAGAGGACGAUCCAGCAGAGAUUAAAAGUAAGUUACAAAGUCAAAUGUACAGUAUGGGGCUAAGCAUAAGUACAGAUGAAGGUACAGGAAGCUCAGAUGCAGAGGAACCAUCUUCAGAGGCAGAGCAGCCUGAAGUCGAUUCUAAAAAACUAAAGGUUAUCAUUGAGGAAAGCCUGUCUGGUAAUGAGGAAGAGGAGGAAGACCAUCUUCCUCUUGAUAGUCUUUCUAAGUUUGCAGAACAAACAAAAAAGGGUCGCGAUCUGGAGGCCUUGAUGGAGGAGCCGGAGGAAGACCGGGUUAGCUCAGAAGAUGAGGCCCAGUAUGGCGACGAGCUAAAACUGCAAAGUUCUAUUGAAAGGAGCUCAAUUAGUUUGUUAGAAAAUCACAAUUUAUGCAGCAAAAGAGACGACAGCAGUUUGAUGAUAACUGAAGAUUCAGGGAAGGCAUUGAGAUCUAGUGUUGAUGAUGACAGCGGCAACGAGCACAGCAGUUUUGAGGAACGUGUAGACAAAGUCCAGCUAAAGGAUGAAAUGAGCAGCUUAAUUGAAGAGGAGUUGAGUUACUUUGAAAAGGACUCCAGUUCUGAGGAGGAACAAGCGAGUAAAGAAAGGAAAAUAAAUAAAAGCAAUGCACAAAAGCUGGAAACUCCACCGAGAGCACAGCUGGAAGAGUCAACCCAUGAGGCAAUCGUAGAAGGUCAAAAGCGGCAACCCAAUGAAGUGAUAACCCAGUCUGUUGCUGAGCGAGUAACUCUUCUGGAAAAGCAGGUGGCUGAAGCCCAGAAGCCCAAACUUGCACCAAAAAGUUCCACAAUCAGACGUCUCCCUCAGAGGAAGUCCUCUCCAGAGGUGGAGGAUUCCCCGUCUGAGUCGCCCACGUCCGAGCUGCCUCUCUGCACCCGAUCGGCUCCUCAGUCGUCGUUGUCUUUCAGCUACGACUCCAGCAGUGUUAUAACCACAGAGCCCGAGGGAAGUCGAGUCAGAUCCAUCAGGGAAAUGUUUUUAGCCAGGAGCGCCACAGACAUCCAGCAGGCGGGCUCCGUCAACCCCAACUCGUCCCAGCUCAGAGCAGAGACCUCGGGCAGCGGCGGCUAUCAGUCCCAGACGUCCGGCGACCUUUCCGGCAACGAAGAUGACCCGGUACGGAAAUCCAUCUCGAAAGGCUUUGUGAGGAGGGCGAUCGAAAUGCUUUACGGCAAGAAAGACCUCGAACCCGAGGAAGCGAGUGAAAGAUCCCCUCCGGAGCCGGAUCAGAGAAAGAGGGAAGCCUCGAGCAUCUUCUCCCCGUUCCACUCAGCCAGAUCCAAAGCGAUGUCCGAACUAUCCUACUUCAAUUCCUCCAACGCGCUGGACAUCUUCAGCGAAGCAACAAGAUGCAUCGCUUUCAACGCACAAGUGGGGCCCGGAGACAGUGUCCCUAUCGAUGACGGACGCUGGCUCCUCAGAGAGAACACAUCGAUGAGAAAGUCCGUGUCCGACCCGGUGGGGAUAAACAAAACCUUCGCAAACACGUUCCACGAUGACGGAUUGUGUAAGGAUACAGAGGAGAAGACUCCGUACUCACUGUUCAGCACAAAGCCAGAGUUAGAAGACGAGACCCAGUCCCAGCCUGGAAAGUGCACCUACUUCUCGCUGCCUUACGCCAGCGAAUCAGAGGCGUGUCCGGAUGAAACGAGCGCGGCGAGCAAGGACGCAGACGGCGCCGAGGAGACAGAGGACGCCUCGGCGGACAGGCAAACGUGGGCAGAGAGAAACGGCACCCUGCCAGGAAUCGCAGUUGCAGACUUUAAGAUGAAGGGCAACAAGGUGCACCCGCUGGUGGAGCCGCCGCCUGGUGGUGAGGUUGUGUUGGUGCAGCCUGGGAAAGGUCAGGUCGUCGCCAACAGACGGAUUCCGGAGCCCGACGUUUUGGACUUACUGUAUAGUUUUUGUGGGGAGCAUUGUCCCAUACUAUGAGAGUAACAAAGCCUCCAAAGUUUCAGCUAGAACUACACGGGGUUACAGAUUAAUAUGUUGUCUUUGGUGCCUACAUUUUCAUGUUGUUAUUGGCCUUUACUGUCAACUCAUCUCAGCUAACUUCCACGCAAAACACAAUGUCAUAGUUUUAACCUUUCUGUUCAUAGUUACUCUCCAAAAGGUUUAGUUUUUGUCUUUCUCUAUUUAAAUUUUUCAUAUUUUCCUUCCAGGGAGCAAUAAUUUAUUCAGCUAUUUUAAAAUGGUCUGGAUUCAUAGUUUUUUAGGCUUUUCGUUUGAUUUCGAUUGGCUUUCUCAAUCAUCUUCUUACUAUUAGCGACAGAGCUAAUAGCCCACUUUCACUAAUUUAUUAUAUAGCUUUAUUACAUAUAGAGUUAUACAUUUCGAGACUUCUGUUACUUUUAAUGACUAUUACUUACAGCUAUUGAAACCUCCAGCUGACAGUUAUUGACACCAUCCGCAAAGGAGGGUUAGCCACAAAAUGGUAAACGCUAACGAAGCUGCUGGACCCAAGAACUGUAUAUUGCUGGAAAGUUGAGUGGAAGGAAAAGUCGUGGCAGUAAGAGCCGCACCAGCAGCAGGAAUAACCACAGCCUUUUUUUUAUUGGUCUUGUUUAAUAUUGAAAUUUACUGAGGAACAGAAUUGUGAGCUUUCACUUGAUGUAAGCCAUAACUUUCAAAAUGAGCAAAAAUAAACGCUUAAAGAUGUUUUCCUACAUAUAGAAUGAACCUAUUUGAUUCAUGACGUCCCCUUUCUAAUGUAAAUUAUUGAAUUAAAAGAACCUUUUGGUUAUAUUGUACUUUAUUGAGAUAUAUCUCUCAUCUCUGUUUAUAAGUACAAAUUGUGUGGGUGUAAAACAGAAACUGCUAAACUAAAAGCAAAAGGCUUUGGUGUAUCUAUACAUAAACAGCUUAACAAACCACCAAUGCAUUUAUAACUUCUUAUCAGUCUGUUACAAAGGCACGUUUUUUCCCCCUAAUUUCUUUACCUGAAUAUAUGAAAAGAAAUUACUCAAAUAUAAAUUUUCCAGGCAAAAACACAUAAUUUGGAAAUUUGCUCGGUGAUUUUUAGCCAGAAACCGAAGGGUGAUACAUCUUCCAGGUCCUGUGUCAGGUCUUUUCUAGAUUAUUUUUUAAUUAUUUCUUAAAGAAGGGCCUGUCGGGUACUUUUCAUUUAUUGGAGAGUGCUUUUUUUUUUAGAGGUCUCACACUUAUUUUAGGCUCCAUUCUCAUUUUUUCAAACACAGGGUGCACAACCUGUACAGGAACCGGACUGAACCGCAGAAAACUUGCGGAAAUUUCGAUCAAGACCUUUAAAAAUUACCAAAACAAAAAAGUCAGAAUGCUUGAAGGAAUAAUUUAGCUUGUUUACAGCCUUUGCGCUGUACAUUAGGAGUUAGUUGCUGGUUGAUUCUUGGUAAAAAUAAAUCAAGCAUGUCCUGUAUUUUCAAUGCACCCACCAGAGCUGGUUUUUUUUAGUUAGCUCUUUCUAGCUUGCCUGUAAACAAAACAAGCAGCCAGAGCAUUACUGUAAUCUCACUUUAAAACUCUUUAGACACCCUGCAGAUGUCAGGAAACGAGGCCAAUCUAAUCUUAAGGGCCAGUUGCUUUUUAACAAGCCCGGUAUGUAGAAACUGCCUGUAAAUACUGUGGUUGUUGUGUUAAUAAUGUAUGUUUUUGAUAGCUUGACCAAAAAGGUUAUGUUUAGAAUGAACAGAUUCAUGGUUUACAAUCAGGCAGCUGUGAUGUUUUUUUUGUCUUUUUAAGCUGAUAUGUAAGAAUAAAAAUCUUUACAAGUA